CGUGUCUCUCAACACUCGGGGGUCACAUUUGGACAGCGACCACCACCACCCCCCCUCCACCCCCCUGUCAUUCGCCGCCUCAUCAGCUGGCGAUAUGGAUAAACUAACUAUCAUUUCAGGGUGCCUGUUUCUGGCAGCAGAUAUCUUUGCAAUAGCCAGCAUUGCAAACCCAGACUGGAUCAACACGGGUGAAUCAGCAGGUGCCCUUACAGUCGGUCUAGUGCGGCAAUGUCAGACCAUCCACGGACGAGACCGGACCUGUAUCCCACCGCGGCUGCCUCCGGAGUGGGUCACCACACUCUUCUUCAUCAUCAUGGGCAUCAUCUCCCUCACAGUCACCUGUGGCCUGCUGGUGGCAUCACACUGGCGCCGAGAAGCCACCAAAUACGCCCGCUGGAUUGCCUUCACUGGCAUGAUCCUCUUCUGUAUGGCGGCACUCAUCUUCCCUAUAGGCUUCUAUAUCAACGAGGUGGGAGGCCAGCCGUACAAGCUGCCCAACAACACGGUGGUCGGCUCCUCGUACGUGCUGUUUGUCCUCUCCAUCUUCUUCACCAUAGUGGGACUGCUGUUUGCCGGCAAAGUUUGCCUCCCAGGCUGAGGACUCGACCGCGCCCGCCUCUGGACGGACACAAGAGGCUCUGAAAAUUUUAUGGGAUUUACAAAAACACACAAUGACUGAAAAUCAAAAAAAAAUACUAAACAAACUUUGGCCAGAAGCCUGAAAGAGGGAAAUGCUCUGCUUAUGUGUCGAGGCGCCGCAGCACCAUGGAGGACCUAACUUCUAAAAGAUGAGAACGGAUAAACGAACAAAACGCUAGAGGGGGAACGUGGGCACAGAGGGGUGAGGGAGUGAGAGAGAGGGCAGCCGAGGCCGUCGCAGCACCCUGCCGCUGUUGAUUUAAAAUAUGGCUGUCUCUGCUCUUGUUCGGUUGGAAAGGGUGCUUAAUGUGCCGCUGUCAUGGCAACCACGGCCCCAAUACUGGCGCACAUUUCUUGAGGACCACUACAGCCACUCCUCGACUUGAAUCCCUACUGCCCACCCCGCCACCCUCGGCACACAUCUGCACCGUCACGACCACCCCUGUUGCUAUUUUUGGCGUCUCUUAGCUAUUUCGAUUGUGUGUUUUUCUGUUGUUGUACAUUUGCGUUCUUUUUUUUGUUGUUUUUUUGUUUUUUCUUCCAACCCUUCCGCCUUUUCACUGAAGUAGUUUGAGCGUAAUUGAGGUUCACGGAACUAAACCUUUGAGGGAUGUUUGGUGGUGGAGGGGGAUGUGCCAGCUUUGCUUUAGAGCAGAGGUUUAUUCUCGCCUGUUGCAUCACACGGCCCUCAGGUGUGUGGUGUGGGACAGCAGCUGUGAUCCCAGACACAGGCUGAUGUGGACGAGAGGUCGGCGCAGGCGUGCCGCCCUGCCUGUCUCCAACCAGCUCCAGCUCAGGAGCAGGUGGCAACGAGGGGGUGACCUUUGUGGGCAACAGAACGGGAAGUCUAGUACCAUAAAGGAGAAUGCCACUCAAUGUAAGAGCUGGCAUAAUGUUGUUUUUUUGGACAGCAAUAAUGUAUCAACGAGUGUAGACAGCCACGAUACUGACGAACACCGUUUGCCAAUAACUAUUAGACUGUGAACUUAGAGAACAAACAUAAAUGCACCUCUUGUAUUUGUAGUUAAGUGCAAGCACAGCGACCUUCAGUUUCUUUUUUUCAAAGAUCUCUGUGGCUUUACAUCAAGAUGAACUCAUACAUUACCGCAGGCAGUAUAUUGACUUUUGCAUAGAGAAUGUGAAGUUACAAACGGUGUGAAAAUAACAACCUAAGCGCUGAAAAUUGGUGGUGUUCUCCUUUAAUGUGGGACGGGAAAGAACCGAGCCCGGAGCAUUUUUGUUUUCGCUUUUUGUCUUGUUUUGUAAAAGGGUGAAGGCACUGGGACGGCAGGUCUGGUCCGUGCAUGGGGCUGUGCCUCAGUGUUCUGCUCCUGAGACCUGUGAAUUUGACACACACACACACACACACACUCACACACAUUUACACAAACACACACACACACACACACAGUACAGUAACCACCACACUGUCUGUACUGUGUAGAUCCAUACAUUAGGGCUUUCAUCAUUUAGUCUGACUAUUAUUUAUUUUUUUCCUUAUGGCAACAUCAUUAUCAUCAUCAUUUAACAAUUAAGACAACACAUGCAAAACAUAAUGUCACAACCAUCAUUUCAGAAUACACCAGAGCAAACCAAUUGUUCACACCAAAGAUUUUCAAAGUCUUUGUUGGACGUUAACAGUAAUAUAAUGCUGCCAUGGAUACAGUUUUUGCACCAGGCACCAUUAAAAUAAGCCAUUAUCUUUGCAGUGUAGCCACAGAUAACAGACAGCUGUUAGUGAAUUGGAUACUGAAGAAAACUCAAAACAUGAUUAUUCUCUAUAAGCGUGAUUUGUAAAAUCACGCUUAUAUGUGAUUCUAAAUGUUUCUAAAAUGUGAUUUGUGUAUAUAAUUUCAGAUCUGACUAAAUUGUUGUCAGUUGUCACAAGAUGAAAUGCAACUAUUGUUAAUUUAAGUAUUAUGUUCAGAGUUCUUGUUUUGUGCACAACCCCAAUAUAUUCAGUUUAGUGUCAUGUUCAUCAAAAAUAAAUCCUCAGGUUUCAGAAUUUUUUUUUGUUUUUUUUACCUUAAAAAUUAUUAAAAUGAUUAUUCAGUUAAAAAAAUAGUUCUCAAUUAUUUUUUACUUGAUCAGCUAAUCAAUAAUUCAGCUCAUCGUUGCCACACCAAUCACCAGAUUAGUUCAUUACCUAGAAAUGUUUAAUUUAGUGUCAUGUACGAGACAAAGAAAAUAUUCCAAUUAGUCCGAGUAAAACCUGAAAUCAUAAUCUACUUACUUGCAUGUGUUUACACGAUACUGACAUUCACAUCUCUCUUUAUUUCCCUUUUAAAGUGUGUGUGUGUGUGUGUGUGUGUGUGUGUGUGUGUGUGUGUGUGUGUGUGUGUGUGUGUGUGUGUGUGUGUGUGUGUGUGUGUGUGUGUGUGUGUGUGUGUGUGUGUGUGUGUGUGUGUGUGUGUGUGUGUGUGUGUGUGUGUGUGUGUGUGUGUGUGUGUGUGUGUGUGUGUGUGUGUGUGUGUGUGUGUGUGUGUGUGUGUGUGUGUGAUCGGUCACAGAGUUUCAGUUGCUAAGUCUUAAGAGUUUUGUUUUUUGUAUUUCUGUUUCCUGCUCAGCUUUCCUUCUCUCGGUCUGAUUACGUAUACCGCUAAACGCUCUGCGGUGCCCCGUCUCUGGGUGGGUUCAGUAUUGUGCCAUGACAUGUUUUUGUUUAAUAAUGUACAGACACAAAAGGCAGGAUUUCUGUAUUAGGAAGCACUGUGCAUUCAGCAGUUUAGGUAACAGAAGUAGAAGCACCACAGAUGUAUAAAAAAAAAGAGAACUUCUUACCUCAUUGUUUUUGUUUCUGCUAUUAUUUUCUAAUGGUGGCAAUGUGUGCCCUCUGAUUUGUCUCUUGCCUUGAUCGGAUGUCUCCACAUAAAGCCUAUGAUCAUAGGAAAUUAUUUAUCACUGAAUAAAAAGAGGGGGGAAAAAAUGGGUGUGCGUGA